AUGGAAUCAAAAUCUUUAUCAACUAAUACACCUAAUUCAGUGAAAUUUUUAAUCGGUGGUAUAGCCGGAAUGUCUGCAACUAUGUUUGUUAAUCCAUUAGAUCUAGUAAAAAAUCGAAUGCAAAUGAGUGGUGCAGAAGGUAGUAUUAGAGAAUAUAAAACAACUUUUCAUGCAAUAACAACAAUAUUUCGUAAUGAAGGUAUUCGUGGAUUAUAUGCAAGUCUUUCAGCUGGUUUAUUACGUCAAGCAACAUAUACAACAGCUCGUUUAGGUGUAUAUCAAAUUUUAUUUGAACGUUUUCGUGAAUUAGAUGGUCGUCCGCCACGUUUUUUUAUUAAUCUUCUUUUGGGUAUUGUUAGUGGAGGUUUAGGUUCAUUUAUUGGUACACCAGCUGAAGUAGCAUUAGUUCGAAUGUCACUUGAUGGACGAUUACCAAUUGAGGAAAGAAGAAAUUAUAAGCAUGUAUUUGAUGCUCUUAUUCGUAUAAUACGUGAAGAAGGUAUCUUAAGAUUAUGGCGUGGUGCUAUACCAACAGUAACACGAGCUAUGAUUGUUAAUGCUGCUCAAAUGCCAACUUAUUCACAAGCUAAACAACUUCUAAUUUCUAAUGAUAUUAUGCAACAAGGUUUACCUUUACAUGUUGUAGCAUCAUUAAUGGCUGCACUUAUUACAACAACUGUUUCAUUACCAGUUGAUAUUAUUAAAACACGUUAUCAGAAUAUGAAAGUUAUACAAGGAAAACCUGAAUAUAAUGGAAUAUUAGUAAGUGAUUGGUACCACUGUCUUAUUCAGAAAAAUGAAAUAGAACCUUUUGUUUUAAUUAAUAAGGAUGUCUUCCAACGAAUUCUUCAUAAAGAAGGUGCAGUAAGUUUUUGGAAAGGUUUUACUCCUUACUUUUCACGUCUUGGUCCUCAUACAAUUCUUACAUUUAUAUUUAUUGAACAAUUAAAUAUUCAAUAUCAAAAACAUAUACUGAAAAAUCAAGUCUACUCAUCAACUUUAUAA